CAGCUCACAGAUCAUUUCUAAUCGGUAUGCUCGUCUAUCAAGUGCUACUUCUACCUUGCGCUCUGCUGGCUCUUCAUCUAGCCAGCGCCCGUGCCCAAUGCCCCCAGAGCUCGGUUGCCGUGAACGCUCCGUGCGGGCAAGCAGCGAUUUCUUGUAACGUGCCCUACGUUCCUCAGAAUGGGGCUUGUGUGCUGCCUUUUCCGACUCCAAGUGGAUGCGGUUCAGGCCAAGUCUGCGCAAACGGAGUUGUGGUACACGUUUUUCCGUCAGGGUUUACUAACGCACAAUCCGUAAAUUCGCUUUGUCCAAAUCAACCAGUUCAGCCCCAACCUGCUCCGUGUCCAAAUCAGCCUGUAAUUCCCUAUCCACCCGCUCAGUCCCAGCCUGCUCCCUGCCCAAAUCAGCCUGUAACUCCGUAUCCACCCGUUCCACCCGAGACCACAAAUAGACCCUACCAGCCUCCUACUACAACAACCAGAGAAACCACAACAACCUGGAAAACGACGACAACCAGAACGACAACGACCACACCGCCGCCAGCUCCGCUGCGUAUCUGCCCGAGAGGCACAGUUCUUAUAAAUGACAACUGCCGUCUGGUAUAUUGCGGCUCAAAAGUCUACUCAAACGGUCGUUGUGUGGAGCCGCGGUGCCCCAAGGGCACUUACUGGACGGGCCAGAAGUGCGCUCUACCCGAGCCGAUUGAGUUGAGUCCCAUUAAUCUCCAGCGAACGAUCAUCAACGAGAACUCAAAGAAUACGCCCGACUUGGUGCUAAAUAAUGUGCAGCAUUUAACAGUCAAUGCCUCGCUUACGCUACCAACGGAUUACAGGGAUUACGAGGAGGAUUCCGAGGAGGAAGUGGAGGAAGCGGAGGAGAUACAACCUCCGCCAUCAGCUCCAAUCAAAUGCUGCACUGUGAUUGCGCCACGCACCUGCCGCUGUCCGGCGGACAGUAAUCGCUGGCAAUGCUAUAAUCAGAGGCAGCAGCUGUGCGGCGACUUCUGUAGCGCGCCUAAGGUAGCGAUAAGGCCAGCAAGUGUGAGCACCUGGCAUGUCAACGAUGCCCAAAUGCUCAGCAUGCCGCCCAACUGGAAUGCCGGCUGUCAAAUGCAGAGCAACUGCAUGCAAGCCACAGAGAGGUAUGACUGCAGCGGCUGUGCUUCGGGACAGAUGUCCUCCUGUUCCCCCUACUGCUACGACUACCGCUGCAACAGCCCCACCUGUGCCUACUACGAUCAAGAACAAUUUUGCGAUUCGCCGCAAUUUGCCGACUCUGUGGGCUGCCGUCCUCAGGAUGGCUGGCGUCGAUAGGCAAUGUGACCAGCUCAGCUUCAAUAGGUGCUUUAAAUGUUAAAAA